ACGCACCAUCUUAAAUUCCAAGCAUCCAAUCCCCAAACCGUUCAAAUCCUAACUAUAUAAACAUCCCAGUGCUACUUGCCCUGCAAUGCGCUUACUGCACCACUCCAGAGCUCUCUUCUUCCGGUACCCAAGGUCGCCUACCUUCUCGUCCAUGGCGGAUGCCGUCGCUUCUGUCACUGCAGCUCCCAGGGCACGCCUCAGGGGCGUCGUCUUCGACAUGGACGGAACCUUGACGGUCCCCGCCAUCGACUUCCCGGCGAUGUAUAAAACCGUGCUCGGCGAGCAGGAGUACCUGGCUGCUAAGGCGCAGAACCCUUCUGGGAUUGACAUACUCCACCACAUUGAGAAUUGGGGCCCCGAGAACCAGCGCAGAGCCUAUGAGAUCAUCACUGAUUUCGAGCGCCAGGCCCUCGAUCGCCUGCAGAUAAUGCCCGGUGAACUUUGUGAAUUUCUCGACUCAAAGAAAAUAAGAAGGGGAUUGAUUACUCGCAAUGUCCAUGCAGCAGUUGAUUUGUUUCAACAACAGUUUGGGUUGAUAUUUGAUCCAGCACUAAGCCGGGAAUUUCGUCCUUACAAACCAAACCCUGCUCCCCUACUGCAUAUCUGUUCAACUUGGGAAGUUCAGCCUAAUGAAGUAAUGAUGAUUGGGGAUAGCCUUAAAGAUGAUGUGGUUUGUGGGAAACGAGCUGGAUCAUUUACAUGCUUGCUUGAUGAAGCAGGGAGGUAUGACACCCCCGAUUUUGCUGAUAUGGAUAGAAAGCCAGAUUUUAAGGUCACUUCCCUUAGUGAAGUUUAUGCACUAUUGGAAGCAAAUUUUGACCUGACGCCAUAAUUUCUGAAUCCAUUUACAAUAGAACAUCUAACACUUUGGAGAAGCAUGGAGAUUGUGCUUUGUCCAAAUAUAUACAUUGUAGCAAGGGUAUUUAGAAGUUCUUGGACUUGGAUAGGCUUAGUUGUAUUUGCUAGAGAGAUUUGGAUGGUAUAAGAAAAGGAACAGGGAAAGAAAGUGCUGAAAGAAGAAGCGGGUUGGGUGGAUGGGUAAAGGGUACCAUUUCAUAGUGAAAUGCUCUUUCUUCAAUCUGGAUCAGAGUUAUGGCCUUGAGGUUAAUGACCUGUGCUGUUCCAUGGAUAAUACCCUACCGAUGGGAACAUCAAGAUAACUUCCAUGGAUAAUACCCUGUCGAUGGGGAACAUCAAGAUAACUUCCAUGGUAAACACGUAUGGGACUCUUCCAUUUGAUGUGCCUUUAAUUUGUUUGUUUCUGAUGAAAAUUUAAUACGGUGAGCAUGAUGAAGUCGGGCAAUCCGAAGUGGUGACAACAGCCCUUUUGCAAGCUUAGGUUGAUGGGUUUCAGCUUCAUCUCUUCAAAUGUACCAAAAAUACUGUGAUUGUGAUAACGAAAGUCAUAUUGCAUCCCUCUGGAGGCGUCUAUAUUUAUUGGAAAACCUGAUUCUAAGUGCUA